AUGUUGACGCGCUCGAAAUAGAAAUAGAAAUAAAAUAAAAGAUAGUAAUAAUUAAUUUUCGACACACCGACAUCUCUUUUCACCGAAAUUUCUCAUAUCUCUCUCUUCUCCAAUAUUAUAUUUUGUUGGUGAAAGUUCUUUCAUUCUUUGAAUCAAUCCAUCAAUCAUCAAUGGCGGAAGAGAAGAAACUGAAUCACGAACAAGAGGCAAAUCCUCUUCUCAAACAACAACCACCUCAACAACCUCCAAAAGCUGAACAAACAACCGAGCAGCAGGAUCGUUAUCUUGGAUGGACUGCCGAUGGGCUUCCGAUUAGCCAUGGAAGCGUCAUGGGUCAGCCCAUUCCUCGUUCUCCUUGGAAUUCCUCCGCCUGCGCUUGUCUUGGCCAAAACGAUCAUUUCUGCAGCAGCGAUCUUGAAGUUUGUCUUCUUGGGAGUGUGGCUCCUUGUGUGCUGUAUGGAAGCAAUAUGGAGAGACUUCAUUCUAAUCCUGGGACAUUUGGCAAUCACUGUUUGCAUUAUUCUGGACUGUAUGUGAUUGGGAAUUCAUGUUUUGGUUGGAAUUGUCUUGCACCCUGGCUUUCAUAUCAUAGCCGUACUGAAAUUCGUCGCAGGUUCAAUUUAGAGGGAAGUUGUGAGGCACUUAAUAGGUCAUGUGGGUGCUGCGGAAGCUAUUUGGAAAAUGAGGAGCAGCGUGAACAUUAUGAGUUGGCAUGUGACUUUGCAACUCAUGUCUUCUGUCAUGUCUGUGCUCUUUGUCAAGAAGGUCGUGAGCUCCGCCGUAGAGUGCCUCAUCCUGGCUUCAAUGCGCAACCAGUAUUGGUUAUGAUUCCCCCAGGAGAGCAGACCAUGGGUCGUGGGGCUUGAAGAAAAUUCUUCCUCGUCUUGGAGGUGCUAUUCUUGUGUAUGUUACUGUUGCCUCUAUAUGAUUUGACGUUGUUGAACCGUCAUUUGCUCCCUUUUUUCUCUCCUGAUCUUGCUGAAAAGUGCAUCAUGGUUCUUUGGAUUUGGUAUAAAUAAGAACAUAUAAAACAUCAUUAUAUUUUCAGUUUGUUUCCCUACUGUUCUGUAUUAUAUGUAUUUGUUUAUUGUGGUCUAUGCGUAAUCAUUUGGUUCAAUAAACUGAAUGAAUCAAAAUUUAUUAUUAAGGGCAUGGUUCCUGUAUGGUUAUGUACUUGUGCUUAGUUUUUUCAGAAUUAAAAGGAGUAUAACGUGAACCAUAGCCAGCUGCUUAAACAAUAAGAAUGAUAUUUGCAUCGCAAA